GAUAUACAAUGAAGAACAGUUCCUUAGUCAUGAUGCUUGGGAGGAUAAUAGCCGGAGUGCAUGAGAUGGGCCUCCACCUCCUUUUCCACCGCCCCUAAGACUAAGGACUGCCCGUAGUAAGCAUAUAAUACGACGAACGACUCCGGGAGGUUCCCGAGCGAGCCCCAUUGUUUCUGGCGCUCUCUUUGGUCAAUGGGCCUGAGCCAAGACAAAGAAGCUUUCAGACGUGUGUUUCAGCGUGGACGUUGAUCUGCCAAUCGCCGGCGACUUUGGACCUUUCGGUAUGCCUCUGCAUUCACGGCCCAUGCGAUCAUCGGCAUUUUCCACUUUGGUAUCAACAUUCCUGCCAUCUCACUGGAGGGCGUAAGAAUCCUUCGGUAUGCUGCCCCUCCACCGUCAGGUAUGUCCAAGUAUAAAAGACUCCUAGAUUCCCGUCGAGCAUCAUUCUCUCCCAUUAUCAUCAUCAUCAUCAUCCUCAUCAUCUAUAUAACUACCUCUUUCGUUUCCUGAGGUUGGAGAACAAUUUCCUUUUUGUGCGUGACAUCAGUGCAGGCUCACGGUAUCUAACAUCCAAUCAUUCAAUAUCUUGAACAUCAUCUGUCUCUCUUGUAUCCAGAGCAUCACGCCCCUGCAAAGCCGUCAUCAUGAAGCCAGUUUCUUUUGCCAAUGCACUGUAUCUCCUCUUGCCCGUGCUGGCCAGUGCAAUGCCAGCCCCGAUCACAGGACGAGAUAUCCAUUCGAGGGGCACGAGCAUCACAGCCCAGCAAAUCAUAGCCAUCGCACCAGGUGCCGCGCAAUCCUGCGCAAGUCGCGCUGAUAAGAAUGCUCCUACCGAGUGCGCUGAUGCUGAACAAGCGGCCACCAAUAUCGCCAAGUCGUUUGAGAAGUACCAGGUCACCAGCCCGGCUGAGCAGGCGGCGGUGAUUAGUCUGUUGGCUUUGGAGAGCGUCGAGUUCCUAUAUAAUAGAAAUAAAGUUCCUGGUGUAGCAGGACAAGGAACCCGGAAUAUGCAGUCACCGGCCUUCAACUCCAAAUAUGCAGCGUCACUUAACGUAGCCGUAUCCAGCGAUGCGGCUCAGACCCUGGACAAGUUGGUUGAGAAUCUGGAGUGGGAUUUCGGCUCUGGAGCCUGGUUCCUCACCACGCAAUGCUCGGCAGAUGUGCGUAGUGCGUUGCAGGCCGGCUCAGAGGCGGGCUGGCAGCGCUAUAUCACCGAGUGUGUGCAGACUCAAGUGACCGAUCAGCGGAAGGAAUACUGGCAGAAAGCAGUGAAAGCGCUGGGUGUGCAGUCCUCUUGAGUCCAAUUGAUGGGUGUUUUUGAAAACUACACUGCUGGACAGUGUCCUCAGAGCCAUCCCGCACUUCCAGUUUCUCAUGCUUUCCUUUCGCCCUGGGUUGU